AUGGACCCGCAAUUUUGCAUGGCACACCACUACGUGCUGCAGCAUGCGGGCGUCGGCGGCGGCGGUGUGCCGCCGCCACAGCUUAUGGCAGCGGCAGUGUCCAGGGCGGAUGCGUGCUUCCCAGGCGACGAGUCGGACCGCGCCUGCAAGCGAAAGGCGUCACUGCCGCUCCAGGAGGACCCCGACUCAAAGCUGCGGCGCCAGCAGGAGCAAAACAAGGCGGCGCAGCAGCGCUACAGGGAGCGGCGGAAGCGGCGUGAGGAGACGAUGGAGGCGACGCUGCUGCUGCAUCGCCAGCAGCUGCAGCAGACGGCGGAAUAUGCAAGCGCGCUCGAGGGGAAGCUGAGGGCGCUCGAGGCCGCAAUGGCCGCACAGCAGCAGCAGCAGCAGCAGCAGCAGCAGCAGCAGCAGCAGCAGCAGCAGCAGCAGCAGCAGCAGCAGCAGCAGCGCCUGGCGGCCGCGCCGCCCGCGGCGGCUGCGGUUACCCCUGUUGUCGCCGCCGCGUCCCCUGCUGCGCCGCCGUCGCCCACGAACGCGGAGCGGCCGCCGCCUCCGGCCGCGGCUGCGCCCUGCGGGAGUGCGAGCUGCGGCGGAGCCGCGCCGUGCGGCGGGGGUGGCGGCAGCGCUGCGAGCGACGAGGCGCAGGGGCGGCUGCGGUAUUGUGCCAGCAUCGCGGCCAUCCAGUCGUUUGUGCGGGCUCACGGGCUGCGAGAGCUGCUGCGCUCAGGUUAG